UAAACGUAGGAGAAACAGCAGGAGAGCGAGCCGUCGGUGUAAGAUGAAAACUGUGGAAACAUUUCAUCUGGCGUUACUGCGUAUUAUUAUUAUUAUUAUCAAACGCGCGACUAGCUGAAGUGCACGAACAGCGCUCGGUUCCGUACGUGCAUCUAUAAAAAAAAAAAGUUUGCGACUUUCAUUUUUGAUAGUUGUAUGAAGAUACUGGGAGAUGCUGUCCACUCUCUCCUCUUUUCAGACUCAGUUAGCGUCCAUCAUGGAAGCGCUGGUGCAGACAGCUGUGUUAGAGAUAGGCAAGCUCGUGGAGGUGGAGUGUGAAGUGUUGCUGUCGGAGGUCUCCCGCAGCCGCGGUGAGAUCAGCUCUCUGAGGAGGACACUGAGGCUGAUGGAGGUCCAGCCGCGGGAAAACACUGGGCAAACACCCACAGAGAGUUUGACAUGUGUCAAGAGUGAACGUGGCCAAGAAGAGACGCACGGCCAUUUGAACAAGUGUAGAGGCCCAAGAGAAGAUCAUCAAGACCAAGACAGUCCACAGCGGAGGUUUGAGGCAAGUACGGUGAAGCAGGAGCAACAGGAAGUGGAUGUUUGGAUUGGUCGAGACGACAGUGAAGCAGGAAGCCAGUGUGGCGAAGCCGUGAGCCUAAUCAGGGAUGCUCUCAAAACUGCUUCCCCCUCUACUUCCCCUGGCAGAGGAAGCAGAGAAAACGCGGCCGCGAGAUUCCCGUCAACAGCAGAAGCGCCAGACGUGAACCGAGGCACCUCGCCGAACGGUGAACCGGACGCGCCGCGGAGUUUGAGCGCAUCGGACCUCGCGAGAACAAACAGUGGCAGCGCUUUUUCGGCAGACAAGCGCUUCGUUUGCUCCUACUGUUCGAAGAGGUUCAGGUGUUUCAGUCAACUCACGAUACAUCAGCGGAGUCACACAGGCGAGAAGCCGUACCGGUGCACGCUCUGCGGAAAGAGGUACAUUCAGAAAGGACACCUGUACACCCAUCAGCGCACCCACACGGGGGAGAAGCCUUAUCAGUGUUCGCUCUGCGGGAAAGGCUUCAUUCAGAAAUGCACUCUGGACAUGCAUCUGCGAAGUCACACUGGAGAAAAACCCUACACUUGUACGAAAUGCGGGAAAGGGUUCACGACCAAAUUUAAUCUUAACAAACACUUGUCGUGCCAGAGCUGCAACGGCAUUAGUUAAUGACGGUACGCUCGAGUAAAUGUAAUUGAUUUGCUCUCUUAUGGUCACGGAUCAUUAAGAAAAAUGUAAUAAUCCACGUGGCGUCAGAUCAGCAUUAAAACCAUGCCAGAA